UCAUUUGGGAAUCGGAGAGCGAUUCAAAUUCGGAGGAAGAUGGCGAUGAGCAGGAGAUGGAUCUUUCCAAGCAAAUGGCGGAAACCAAAGAAAAGAUAGCAGAAAUUGAGAAAGCUUCUCAAACCCUCUUAGCCGAGUUGUCCAGCAUGGAAACGGAGUAUGCGAUUGAGAAGAGCUGCCGAGAACAGGCAGAGGCCUUUGCCCUCCAGGUGAGCCAGGAGAACAAGAAGCUGAAGCGGAUCAGCCUGGCGCUACUGCCCAGGUUGGGACUCCACCAGGAAGACUUCGCGUUCCUGAACAGCGGAGAACAGGCUGCUCCUGACCCUGCGCUGGAUCCCAUGGGCAGGUGCCUUCAGCAGAUCAAAG